UGGGACCACGUGAUCAAGUCCAAUCCUGACCAUCCUCUACUUGUGGUGCGUUUUGAAGAUAUGAAAAAGGUAAUAAUAAUACCCCCCCCCCCACCUCACUAACCCCUGAAAGAGGUAACGAAAAACAAAUUUGAGGAUUCAGAACUUCCUUUUUUUCCCCAGUACCAGAUAAAUAGUUUGAUGACACCUGGGAUGGCUGAAAAGAGAUUUAAAAAAAAAAGUACAAUGUCUGCAAAACUGGGUCAGAGAAAACUAAUGCGACCAAAUAAUGUAAAAACAAAAUAAACGACUUGUUUAUUUAUUGGUGGAGAUGAAACUGAUGCUUGACUAAAGCUCAGAAAGACGGAACUAGAAUUAUUUUUUUGUUGAUACUAUUGGAUAAAGUUUUCGGGGUUCUAGAGUGUGAGUGGGCUCCGCAUUAGCCACCCACCAAAACGGGUUGAUUCUAAUUAUAAACCAAUUCACAUUAAUAUUCCUAAGAGAAAAAGUUUUUAAAAAAAAAUUGAUCGGAAGACAAUAAUUUUCGUUUUUGUUUUUUGUUAGAUGAUAUCAUUGGAUUUUUUUCCAGGGAAAUAUGGUCGCCACCAGCGAGCUUGCCAGUCAGUUGGUUAGAGAAUUAAUCAUUUUUUUUUAUAUUGACGUCAGUAUUUAUUAUUUAGUCUGUCCAGGUAUGCUUGCUUCCUUUAUAUUAUCCUAUUCUUCUUCCGAUUAAAUCACAUAUGUUUGAAACAUAGAGUUAAAGCGAGUUAUGAGAUUUGAUAUAAUCAUGGAUAGUAUGUUACAGUGAGAUACAUACGAAUUUCUCUUUGAUUGGAUCAGUUAAAGAAUAUCUUUGCAUUAUAUCAUGUAAUCGUAUCUUAUCUAAACUUAUAUCAUAAAAAAAUAUUAUUUAAAUGGCCUUUUCACCCCCUCCCCCCCAUUUUUGCCUAACAGGAUCUGCCAAGGGAGAUAAGGAAAAUGGCUGAAUUUCUCCAGAUAACUCUAGAUGACCAACUCAUGGAGGACAUCGCCACAGCUGCGGGGUUUGACGUCAUGAAACAAGCUUACCAGAACUCCAACUUUGUCACCAAGGAUUUUCUGCGCAAAGGUCGAAUACAGUUGUAUUCUCAAUGAUGGCUAAAAUGUCCUUAUCCCACUUCAAUGAAAAUAAAAAAGACUUUAAUCCUAAUCAACUUUCAACAAAUUCUACCAAAAUAUUCGAUAUUAAAAAAAGAAAGAUGAUUUUUUUUUAUUAAGUUCAUCCGUUAAUUUUUCUCAGGCGGUGUAGGAGAUUGGAAGAAUUGGCUGACGGUGGCACAAAGUGAACGUAUUGACCUCUCCACGAACAUCUUAGAAGGGACUCCCUUCCAAACACCCAUAUAUACGUUGUGA